UUAUUCUGAAACUCCAAAUGGCAGCAGUAGUAGCACCUCCACUAUCAUCAUCUCAAUUGUCAUGCACUGCUGUCACUUCCCAACCCACCAAACUCUUGUUUCACUCAUCACUUUCACAACCUCGACACCAAUACUUCCGCUUCCAUAACCUCACCACUCUCUACAGAAAUCCUAACAUCAUCAUUUGCCAUGGAAAGCUAGAUGGUGAAGAGCUUGAGGAGAUUGAUGGUGAAGUUUACUUUGAUGAUAAUGACACCAUCGAAGAUGACAGUGAUGGGGAUGAGACCGAAAGCAGUAUCGAUUUGCUUAUCAGAUUCUUUCAAAGCAUGUUCAAGAAGGUAUCUAAGCGUGCCAAGAAGGCUUCUCGCUCGAUCUUGCCCUCAGUAAUUUCACCCCAAUUGGUUUCCUUUGCUGUUGAUGGGAUUAUGCUAUUGGCUGCACUUUCUAUUGUUAAAGCACUUCUUGAGGUGGUUUGCACCCUCGGUACCACUGUCUUCACUGUAAUCUUGAUUCUGCGUGUCAUAUGGGCAGCCAUUUCUUUUUUCCAAUCAAGCGGGAACACUUUUAACCAGGGUGGAAGUUCCUUCGGAAGCACACAGCCAAUGGCCUAGUAUCCCUAAUGGUCAGACUUCAGAGACUCAGAGUAUUCCCUUUCAAAAAACACACCAAUCCCACAAUUAUCUUGACACGCUAAAAAUAGAAACAGCUAUGAUAAAUUCUGUUAUAUUUGUGAAUAAUAGAAAGGGUAAAUUUGACAAGUUCUUCAAAUAUUCAUGUCAAUUUAUGUGACAUAUUUGUUCCCAAUGGGCCACGAUGGAUUUAGGCUAGUGCGGUUGCUUGGCCGUUGGCUGGUCAAGUGUAAAACACUACGGACAUAAUGUUUGCUUGGAUAUAGGAUCUUGAUGACAAUUUGACUGUUCUAAUGCAGUGUAUUCGUAAAUCUUCUUUGACUUGCAUUUUAAGGCAUAACAUCUUGAAAUA